AUGUCCAACAGUCGCCAAGCUAGCAACGAGCCUAUCGCCAUCGUGGGGAGCGCUUGUCGGUUUCCCGGUGACGCAGUAUCCUCUUCUAAACUCUGGGACUUGCUCAAAGAACCUCGAGAUGUCUUGACUGAGAUCCCAAGCAACCGAUUCAACCCCGACGCUUUCUAUCAUCCUGAUGGCUCCCAUCACGGUACUAGCAAUGUUAGACAUUCGUAUGUACUGUCCGAUGAUUAUCGGUUGUUCGAUGCCCAAUUCUUUGGCACUAUGCCGGUAGAAGCGAAAUCUAUCGACCCUCAGCAGCGACUGCUGCUGGAAACUGUCUAUGAAGGCCUCGAGGUCGCUGGUAUUCCUAUGGAGCAAUUGCAAGGCUCCAACACUGGUGUGUAUGUUGGAUUGAUGACGAACGACUAUGCUGAACUUGUUGGUCGGGAUAUCCAAAGCUUUCCUACGUACUUUGCAUCAGGAGCGGCACGAAGCAUCCUUUCCAACAGGAUAUCUUACUUCUUUGAUUGGCAUGGACCCUCUAUGACAAUCGACACUGCUUGCUCUGCUAGUCUAGUUGCUCUUCAUCAGGCUGUGCUAGGCCUACGUAGUGGCGAAAGCAAUAUGGCUGUAGCCGCUGGAACGAACCUUCUCUUAGGGCCGGAACAAUACAUUGCUGAGAGUAAGUUGAAAAUGCUCUCACCACAUGGUCGGUCUCGCAUGUGGGAUAAAGACGCGAAUGGCUACGCCCGUGGAGAAGGAAUUGCUGCUGUUGUUCUGAAGCCUCUGAGCGUCGCGCUGGCCGACGGCGAUCACAUAGAGUGCAUCAUCCGAGAAACAGGAAUCAAUCAGGAUGGACGUACCAAAGGAAUUACCAUGCCGAAUCCUAUGGCUCAGGCAGAUUUGAUCCGACAAACAUAUGCGAAGGCAGGACUUGAUUUAUCCAAGCCUUCUGAUCGACCGCAAUACUUUGAGGCCCACGGAACUGGUACACCGGCUGGAGAUCCAGUCGAGGCGGAAGCCAUCAGCAAGGCUUUCUUCGGAUCAAAAGCCAACUACUACCGCAAGGAUGACCAGGAGUCACCUUUGUAUGUUGGCUCAAUCAAGACAGUCAUCGGCCAUACUGAAGGCACAGCUGGUAUAGCUGCAGUCAUGAAAGCUUCAUUGGCCCUGCAGCAUGGUGUUAUACCACCUAACCUUUUGCUCAAUGAGCUUAAUCCAAAUGUGAGACCGUUCUACAAUGACCUCCAAAUUGUGACCGCUGCACAGGGAUGGCCAACCCUUCCAAGUAAAGGGAUCCGCCGUGCUAGUGUCAAUAGUUUUGGCUUUGGAGGCGCCAACGCGCAUGCAAUUCUAGAGUCAUUUGAGCCUUCCACUGUCACGGAUAAGAAGCUUGACUCUGGCGCGUCUGUAUUCACUCCAUUCAAUUUCUCUGCAUCAUCAGGAAAAUCACUCGUUGCAACUCUUCAGACCUACUCAAAUUACCUCAAAGGUAAACAUGUGCCAGAGCUUCGAGACUUGUCAUGGACCCUAAACUGUCGCCGAUCCACACUACCAGCUCGUUUUUCGGUCGCCGCUUUGGAUCUCACAGAUUUCAUCACCCAACUUGAGAAAGCGGUUGAGUCGCCAGCGGAAAUUCUUUCGGCGACACAGGCCACAAGUAUCAAGACGCCCAAGCUUCUUGGCAUUUUCACUGGUCAAGGUGCUCAAUGGGCUGGAAUGGGAGCAGAGCUGCUUAACCAGUCCCCAAUGGCUGCAGAGUGCAUUACUCGACUUGAUUCAGCUCUCCAAAAACUACCCCUGGAUCAUCGUCCCCAAUGGUCGUUGAAGGAGGAGAUUAUGAAAGAUGCUGCUGCAUCUCGCAUCGGAGAGGCCUUAUUUUCACAAUCUCUUUGUACCGCAGUUCAGAUUAUGCUUGUCGAUCAUCUCCGAGCAGCUGGCGUUGUCUUCAAUUCUGUUGUUGGACAUUCAUCUGGAGAAAUUGCCGCUGCUUACGCGUCCGGGUAUGUUUGUGCCGAAGAUGCCAUGAAAAUCGCCUACUAUCGAGGAUGGUCACUGCAGUUCGCUGGUGACAAUGGCGGCGUUAAGGGCGCAAUGAUGGCAGUGGGCACCUCUCUUGAGGAUGCAAAAGAACUGUGUGAGAUGGCAUCCCUUGAAGGGAGAAUCUGCGUUGCUGCCAGUAAUUCUUCUGCUAGUGUCACAUUGUCCGGUGACGCUGAUGCAGUCGAAGAGGCCAAGGAAAUAUUCGAGGAUGAAAAGAAGUUCGCACGUUUGCUGAAAGUGGACAAAGCUUAUCAUUCCCACCACAUGCUUCCUUGCUCCGCCCCCUAUAUUGAAGCUAUACAGAAGUGUGGCAUCAAGAUUCUAAAGCCGACCAAUGCUCACCCAACAUGGAUUUCUAGUGUUUAUGGGAAGGAAAUUGAAAGUGUAAACGAUAACUUGGGUGAUACUUACUGGAGUAACAACAUGGUCAACCCAGUUCUAUUUUCACAAGCUGUCAGUUUUGCCAUUGGUGUUGGUGGUCCAUUUGACAUGGCCGUGGAAGUCGGCCCUCAUCCAGCACUGAAAGGCCCCGCGCUACAAACAAUUCAAGAGAUAUCUGGCUUGACAUUACCAUACUCGGGAACUCUCAGUCGAGGCCAAGAUGCUCGAAAAUCCUUUGCAUCCACGCUCGGAGCUUUGUGGGUAUCUCUUGGUGAGCAAGUUGUUGACUUUGCGGGCCUUCAGAGCAAAGUCACCCCGAAUGCGCCACCACCAAAGCUGCUUAAAGAUCUCCCCUCAUAUUCUUGGGACCAUGAUCGUCUGCACUGGCACGAGUCACGAAUUUCAGCUGAAUUCCGUGGUGGAAAUCAAAAGUUUCACCAGCUCCUGGGUAUGAAAGAGGAUAGCACGCAAAAGGAGAUCAGGUGGCGAAAUAUCCUCCAUACCCGCGAAAUAUCUUGGCUGUCUCAUCAUCAAGUCCAGGGUCAGAUGGUUUUCCCUGCGGCUGGAUACAUAUCGGCAGCAGUAGAAAUGGUUCUGGAGGAGUAUGGACUGGAGUCUAUUCAACUGAUCGAUUUCGAGGAUGCGAUUGUUGGACAGGCUUUAGUUCUAGAAGACAGCUCCGAGGUUGAGAUAGUAUUCACUUUGACUAUUGUUGAGUCACAGGGAGAAACCCUGAGAGCUCUUUUCAACUGUUAUUCUGACUCCAACAAAGGAUCGUCGUCCAUGUCUCUUCAUGCCUCUUCUCAUUUGAAGAUUGUUCUUGGGGGCGCAGCUCAGGAAAGUCUUCCCCUUCCAUAUUCCUCUAAUAAUCGAGACCAAUUCUUGGACCUUGACGAGGACCGAUUCUACAAUACAGUGUUAGGGCUUGGAUUUGGCUAUACUGGUCCAUUCCGUGCACUCUCUGGAUUAAGCAGAAAGAUGGACGAAGCAACUGGCAUGAUUGCUGUGCCAGAUAGAGAAGACGGCGAAAAGCCUCUACUUAUUCAUCCAGGAUCUCUUGAUGGUGCUAUUCAAUCAAUCAUGCUAGCAUACUGCUUUCCAGGAGAUGGCCGCAUGCGCACACUCUAUCUUCCCACAAAGAUUGACAGAAUCAGGAUUAAUCCACGAGGCUGCAUGGAUCUAGCAGGGCCAGGUUCAUCUCUGCCAUUCUACUCAUCUGUCGCUGAUGCAAGAUUUUCCGAACUCUCUGGCGAUGUUGAUAUCUAUUCUUCUGACGGCAAAUCUACAGUGGUACAACUGCAAGGACUUCACACUACUCCUCUCACUCCCCUCACACCAGCAGAUGAUGUUCUUAUGUUUACAGAACUUACCUGGAACUCAGAGGAGCCCGUUGGGAAUUAUGGCAAGACCAGGCCUAACCUUUUGCCAGAAGACUGCUCGCUAUCUCUGAGUCUGGAUCGAGUUGCUCACUUCUAUCUCAAGGAGCUUGACUCAUCUUUCACCAGCACUGAGAAGUCUGUUGUUCAAUGGCAUCACGCUCAUUUCCUGUCUUACGCGGCCAGUUGUGCCUCACUUGUUAAAUCCGGAGAACACCCUUUUGGCAACUCGCAGUGGGCAAACGAUACUGUAGAAGAUAUUUCCAAGAUUUUUGCAGAGAAUCCGGAUAACAUCGAUCUCAAAAUCAUCCGCACAGUUGGUGAAAAUAUCAAUGCAGUCAUCCGUGGUGAGGGUAAUCUUCUAGAAAUCCUCAUGACUGACAACCUUCUGAGUCAAUUCUAUGCUCGGACUCUUGGGAUUCAAUCUUAUCUGGAAGAAGCUGGUCAUAUUGCGAGUCAACUUAGCCACAGAUUCCCACACAUGAACGUUCUGGAAAUUGGGGCUGGUGCUGGUGAAGCAACUGAAUAUAUACUUCGUGGAAUGGGAACUGCUUUUAGCUCCUACUCAUUCACAGACAUUGUGGAUUCUCAGUUUGAGCCUGCGCAAGAGAGAUUCAAACAGCACCAAAACAAAAUGGCAUUCAAAACCCUCGACAUCGAAAAAGACAUCACAGAGCAAGAAUACACCGGAGAGACUUUUGAUUUGGUGGUGGCUUCAUUAGCUCUCUACGCCACAAAGAGCCUUGAGGCUACCCUUUCAAACGUUCGACGCAUGAUAAAACCGGGUGGAUAUCUCCUGCUUCUGGAGAUUACUGACUCAAGCGCCAUACGUUUUGGUCUUGUUCUUGGUGGUCUUCCUGCAUGGUGGCUUGGACAUCCCGAAGGACGGACAAUGUCUCCAAGUGUGUCAGUUGACAAAUGGAGCGAGUUAAUGCAAAAGGCCGGAUUUGCCGGAGUUGAUACCGUGGUACCACAUAACCCAGAGUUUCCAGUACCGUUUUCUGUGAUGUUGGCCCAGGCCGUGAACAACCAGGUAACAUUUUUGCGAAAUCCUUUGGCUGCAGACCAACAAACGCUUGACGUUGAGCGGUUGGCAAUCAUUGGUGGCACCACUCCAUUGACUGCGAAUUUGGUGUCUGGUAUCAAGAAAUCAAUCGCUCCGCACUACACUCAAGUGAGUGUUUUCCCUUCUCUUGCCGAUGUAAUUCCGGAUGAGCUUCCAGCCAUGGGGACUGUUCUGUGCUUGGCAGAUCUAGAGGGGCCAACAUUCGUGUCGCUUACUCCAGAAAAGCUCAAGUUCUUCCAAGAGCUGUUCAAGAAAUCGAAAAGUUUCCUGUGGGUUGGACAUGGUGCUCAGGGUGACAACCCGUUCAGCCAUAUGUUUGUCGGAAUUCAACGAACAUUAGUCACGGAAAUGAUUCAUUUGAGAAUCCAAUUCUUGAAUCUUGAUUCACUUGAUGAAGCAAAUGGAGAUCUUAUCUCGGCUAAGCUUCUCAAUCUGGAAGCUGCAGAUCUUUGGGAGCAAAAAGGACAGAUGAAAAAUAUCUUGUGGUACACGGAGCGCGAACUCUGGCUGAAGGAUGGCAAGUUCCUCAUCCCUCGGCUCAAACUAAAUUCGGAAAGAAAUGACCGGUACAAUUCCUCAAGACGACUUAUAGUCAAGAACGUUGACCGCAAAGACUCUAUUGUUACUCUCCGGAGGUCUGAGAACUCUUACCAAAUUCUUGAAACGAAUAUUCCGAGCUCGCUAGCCCUAGCCAAUCAAGCCGAGAUUCAGGCUCAUAGCUCCCUCCUUCGAGCAGUCAAAAUAACUGAAGUCGAUCGCCUGUUUCUAAUUGCUGGAAAUGAUGCCAAAACUGGUGAAGAUGUUAUCGCCUUGUCUGAGACCUUGGACUCAUGCACCCAUGUCCCUUCAGGCUGGGUUGUUAGAUGUGGACACUCUAAAGGUGAAGCUACCAAAACGAUGAUCAAUCUUUAUACCCACUUUUUGGUUCAAUCGCUGUUCAGAGGUAUCCAGCCAGGCAGCAAAAUUGGAGUGUUGGAUCCAGAAUUCUCCAUUGCAGCUGUACUUGCGCAACAAGGAAGCCGACUGGGUAUACAAAUGGUGUUUUUCACAACACAACAAAGCAAAUUACCAGGUCCAAGUAUUUAUGUCCAUCACCAUGCCACGCGCCGUGAACUAGCGAGCAAGAUUCCCAGAAAUAUUGCUCGACUAUUCAGUGCCGGUAGCGGUGACGAUACACUACUGUCAUUAUUGAAGAGCCUGCUGCCGGCGGAUUGCCAAGUGGAAACCGAACAGACUUUGACAAUGGAAGGAUCAUAUCUUUCAAACCUCUCUCAUGUGGAUCAAGUUACUUCUCAACUUCAACGACUAUGGAUUCAAGCUCAUGCUGAUGAUUUACCUGUUAACAAUCACAGACUUCAGAGCCUGAGCCUUAGAGAUCUCAUUGAGAAUUAUCCACAACCAACCCAGCAGUCUCUUGUUGUGUGGGGAGAAGAGGCUCUACCUACUCAAGUGUGCCCUGCGACAAAGGUGGUCCAGUUCUCAAAAAACAAAACAUACUGGCUUGUUGGCCUGACUGCAGGACUUGGCCUUUCUUUGUGUCAGUGGAUGGUUCGUCAGGGAGCACGUUACAUUGCUUUAUCUAGCCGAAAUCCCAAGGUUGACCAGAGCUGUAUUGAAAAUAUGGCACGCGAUGGCUGCACGAUCAGAGUCUUUUCAUGUGACAUUACGGAUCGAGACUCAGUCCACAAGGCAUACAGUCAGAUUACUGAUUGUAUGCCUCCAAUUGGGGGUGUUGCUCAAGGUGCAAUGGUUCUUCAAGAUACGAUGUUCUUCGAUCUGGAUUUACCUCGAUUUGAGAAAGUGCUUCGACCGAAGGUACAAGGAAGUAUUCUGCUCGAUGAACUGUUCUCAAAAAAUACUUUGGACUUCAUGAUAUUUUUCUCGUCCAUGGCUGCUGUGACAGGAAAUCCUGGUCAAGUCGCCUAUAAUGCCGCAAACAUGUUCAUGGCUAGUCUUGCUGCUCAACGUCAAAAACGUGGUCUUCCCACACAUGCAAUCAACAUCGGUGCGAUUGUUGGCAAUGGAUAUGUUACCAGAGAGCUCAACAUGGGCCAGCAAUCAUAUCUUUACCGUGUUGGUCAUACUUGGAUGUCUGAGCAAGACUUCCAUGAGGUCUUUGCAGAAGGUGUUCUCUCAUGCUUGAAAGGAUCUAGUUCUCACGACCUCUGCAGCGGUCUCAGAAUAGAUGAUGAUGACACUAAGAACUGGGUAACCAAUCCCAUUUUCCAGCACUUGGUCAUCAAAGCCGAUGCCUCUGUCACAAUCGAUAAAAAGGGCAAGGCAGGAGCUCCAGUUAGACUACGUUUGCUGGAAUGCACGUCGAUGGAUGAUGUCAUGGAGGUUCUACAAGAUGGAUUUCUUCUCAAACUCCAGGCAGCUAUUCAAAUUGAUCCAACCCAGGCCGACAGUAUUCUUGCUUCUAGCCCUGAUGAUCUUGGAAUUGAUUCUUUACGCGCUGUUGACUUACGAUCCUGGUUCCUCAAAGAGCUUUCAGUCGAUGUACCAGUUCUUAAAAUAUUCAAUUCUGCAUCCAUACAGGAUUUACUGAGCUUCUCUGCUGGUCUUCUGCCGGAAGCCUCAAUUCCGAUGAUAAAUGGCGAUGGGGAAGCCCAGCCAAAAGUCUCAGAGCCAAACCAGUCAGAUGGAUCAACAGAAACCAACACCUCUAACUUCCACACACCAAUGAACGGAUCCACCUCAUCAGAGAUAGGUGUUGAGCCCAAGGGUUUUAACCUCGAAUAUCUUCCAUCACAUGCCAAUGGGGGUGGGAGCUCCUCAGAUUCUUUAAAUGCAGGAGACUCCAGCUCAGAGCCUAACGAUGUUUCUUCGUCCAGUUCUGUUGACGAUGACUCCGAGCCUACCCAGAAAAAUGAGAUCCAGAAAAGAGUUCCGAUGUCUUUUUCUCAGUCGCGAUUUUGGUUCCUCAAGCUUUUCGUCCCUAAUCAAACAACAUUUAAUGUGACGGCGUUAUAUGAGCUGAGUGGAAAGUUUAGACUCGAGGACUUUACCCGAGCAUUUGAUUUUGUUGCUCAACGUCAUGAAUCGCUGAGGACGUUCUUUUACUCUGAUAAUGACCAGCAACCUAUGCAGGGAAUUUGGGCGAAAUCUCGCUUGCGUCUAGAGCACCAGGCUAUCAAUGACAAGAAGGCGGUCGACGUUGCUGUCGAAGAAAUGAAGAAACAUGUUUUCAAUAUCUCUGAUGGCGAGACCGUUCGUGUUCAACUUCUUUCAUUGUCUCCCGACAAAAAUUAUAUUAUCACAGCUUUCCAUCACAUUAACAUGGAUGGAAUCAGCUUUGAUAUAUUUUGGUCUGAUGUAGACAAGGCUUAUCGUGGCGAGACGUUACCCUCGGGUAUUCUUCAAUAUCCGGAAUUUACCCUGAGACAGAUGAAUGAGUAUCAAGGAGGUUCAUGGUCAAAAAGCCUUGCCUACUGGCGCGAGCAGUUCGUCCAGAUUCCGCCGGUCAUCCCAUUGCUUCCAUUUGCUCGUCGAGCUAUCCGUCCAAACAUCUCUAGUUUUGGAUCUGACUAUGCAUCCAUCGAAUUUGACACCAGCAUUAUCAAUGACAUUGAUAACUGCUGUCGACUCUUCAAGGUCACACCCUUCCAUUUCCACUUAACAGUUUGGAAGAUUCUUCUCCUGCGACAGCUCGACAUUGAAUCUAUUUGCAUCGGUCUCAGCGAUGCAAACCGCACCGAUGCUGAUAUUCUGCAAAGCAUCGGAUUGUUCCUCAACGCUCUGCCAAUCCAAAUGCAUCGUCAAUCCACGCAGUCAUUCAGCGAGUCGGUCAAAGAGACAAAGAAUGUGGCUCAACAAGCAUUCCAAAACUCGCGUGUGCCCUUCGAUGUGAUUCUGACCGAGUUGAACGUUCCACGUUCUGCUGCGCAUAACCCUAUGUUCCAAAUCUUUUACAAUUAUCGUCGAGUUGAAGAAUUCCGCAACCUUUGUGGCUGUGAGGCCAAGGGUUCAUUGUUAACUCUCAGCGAGACUUCCUAUGAUCUUCAUUUGGAUAUCGUCGAGUUUGGCGGAGGCAAGGUUUCGGCAUAUAUCUUCGCCCAGAAGGAUCUCUAUGGGCAAGAGCAUGCGGAGAUUCUUCUUCGGAGCUACUGCCACCUUGUGAAAGCCUUCACACAGAACCCUGCUACCAGGGUGGAAUGGCCUCCGAUGUUCACCAAAGAUGAUGUAGAAGAAGGGUUGAUGGCUGGCAGAGGAUCUGAGAUGGAAGACCAGUGGCCACAAACCGUGGUACAUCGGGUUGACGACAUCUUGUCAACUCAUUCUGAUCAUAUUGCUCUGAAAAACGAGAAUGAAACUUUUAAGAUGAGUUAUGUGGACUUACAAAGGCGGGUAGCCUUCAUUUCGAACGAACUAAGUCGCAAGGGAGUUGAUAUUGGGUCCCGAGUUGCAGUUUUCCAAUCACCCAGUACGGACUGGAUCUGUUCCAUCCUUGCGAUUUGGAGGGCUGGUGGAACAUAUGUCGCCAUGGACAAAAAGGUUGGACUUGAUCGACUAGUCAUGAUCGCCUCAAGAUCGGAACCUACAGUGGUUAUCGUGGACUCAUCAACAGCACCUGAAUUCCCGCAACUUCACACAUCCGCGCUGCCACUGAAUAUAAGUACUCUCAGUGCCUCCAAAAUAGAGUCGGCUCCGAAUCUCGCAACAGCGAACCAAGUUGCAGCUAUCAUGUUUACCAGCGGCUCAACGGGUAUCCCGAAGGGUGUUCCAAUUACGCACGCAGGAUUAUCCCAUCAUAUCCAAGCUUUCAGCCACACAUUGGGUAUUGAAGAGAGAAAAGAAACCAUUCUCCACCAAGCUUCAUAUGCAUGGGAUUUGUCACUUUAUCAAAUUUUGCUUUCGCUUUGCAAUUGUGAGACUUUGAUAGUUGCCAAUAGUCAAACCCGUGGUGAUCCUAUUGCCAUUUCCGAGUUGAUCGAGAAGCAAAAUGUAACGAUGACAUUUGCAACUCCGACUGAAUAUCUGGCUUGGACACGAAAUGGUCGCACUAAUCUGCAAAAUUCCGUCCUGAAAACAGCGCUGUGUGGUGGUGAGACUUUGCCAAAUGGUCUGAUUCGGGAUUUUCAGUCUCUCAAAAAAUCCGAUCUGAAGCUCUUUAAUGUCUACGGUCCGGCGGAAUCAACGUUCGCCUGUGCUAUGGCAGAAGUUGAUUACACGGAUAUUGAUACUAUUUCGGGCAACAAUACUCUGACCCUGCGCACACUGCCCAAUUAUUCGGUCUAUAUUGUCGAUGAAAAUUUGAAUCCAGUUCCCCUGGAGAUGCCGGGUGAAGUGAUCAUCGGAGGUGCUGGAACUGUGAAGGGCUAUCUCAAUGACGAGAAAUCCAAGGAGCGGUUCAUGCCAGAUCAAUACGCAAGUUCUUUCUUCCAAAGCCGGGAAUGGACAACUGCUCAUCGCAGUGGCGAGCUUGGUCGACUCACCAAAAAUGGUGAUCUUGUUUUACUUGGUCGUAUUGAUGGUGAUAAUCAAGUGAAAAUAGGUGGAAUCCGUGUCAACGUGGAAGAAAUCGAGGAAGUCAUCGUUCGCACGUCGAGUGGCCGGAUUUCUCAGGCUGUGGUCUCCCCUCGAUCUGCAAACGAGCAAACCUUCUUCAUUGCUUUUGUCACUUUGGCUGACAGCGAUGUUACUGAUGAGUCAAGACGGUUUUUGGAGGAUUUCUCGAGAGAGUUACCGGUUCCGCAAUAUAUGCGUCCUGCUGCCAUGAUUCAUAUUGACUCCAUUCCGCAAAACAGUUCGGGCAAGGUCGAUCGACGCGCCGUUAAUGAUCUCUCAUUGCCACAAAACGCAGCUGAACACACCGAUAAUAAUCAUUUGGCACCAUUGGAGGAAACACUGGAAAAGCUUUGGAAGGCAGCAAUUCCUGACGAUCUCAGCUCCCUUUACUCCAUUCACUCAGACUCGGACUUCUUUCAUGUCGGCGGAAGUUCAAUUUCUCUAGUGAGCCUGCAGGCUCUUAUCAAGAACAGCUUGGGUGUAUCGGUGCCAUUGUAUCAAUUGUUUGAAGCAAGUACACUGAAAGGAAUGGCACAUCGUAUUCAGAACCUCUUCUCUGCCGACGCUGGGACUGCAGUGAAUUGGAAUGAGGAAAUUGAAACUCUGCUUGGUUCUUCUACAUCGCUGAAUAUCGAUAGCAGCAUUGCUCCUUCUAAAGCUUCUGUCAUUGUGCUCACCGGCGCGACUGGGUUUAUUGGCAGAGAGGUUCUACAAAAUCUUAUUGACGACGAGAAGACUCAGACCAUAUACUGCCUUGCUGUGCGAAAGCCAGUCGCCCAGCUUCCCGCCAUCUUUACUAAUCCAAAGGUUCAUGUCUACAGCGGGAAUCUCGGGACAGCCCGACUCGGACUCUCCGAGUCCGACGCAGUCUCGAUAUUUAACCAAGCAGACGUGGUGAUUCACAACGGAGCCGAUGUCUCUUUUAUGAAGAGCUACCAGUCUCUCAAACUCACCAACGUUGCUUCGACAAAGGAGCUUAUGACAUUGGCUUUGCCGCGAAAAAUCCCCUUCCACUUCAUCUCUUCCGCUGGUGUUACUCGUCUCGCGAAGCAGGAGAGCUUUGGAGAGAGCUCGUUGGCUUCUUACCCGCCACCUGAUAUCACCGAUGAUGGCUACACAGCAUCUAAAUGGGUGUGCGAGGUAUAUCUAGAGCAGGCCAGCGAACGUUUCGGCGUCCCUGUCUGGAUUCAUCGCCCAUCAAGUACUACUGGAGCCAACGCACCCGAGCUUGACUUGAUGAGCAAUAUCAUGCGAUACUGCCAAAAGACCAAAAAGAUCCCGGAUUCAAACUCUUGGACAGGCGUUUUCGAUUUGAUCUCCGUGCAGUCAGUUGCUACCCAGAUCAUUGAAGCAGUGCAUCUCUCUGGGGGAUCUGAGGGAGAGAAGGCAAGUGUUCAGUUCCGCCAUGAGUCUGGAGAGACUCAACUGGGGCAUUUAGAGGUACAAUCCAUGCUGGAAAAUGAAACAAAUCAGCACUUUGAGAUGGUUUCGGUAUCUGAGUGGGUUAAUGAGGCUGAAAGGAUGGGGAUGAGCCCUCUGCUCGGCUUAUACCUGCGCAAGGCUUCUGGUGGACAAAUCUUGUUCCCUAAAUUGUUGAAAGGACAGUAG